UCAGGAGCCCGUGGUGCAGUGUGUGUGUGUUCAUGGGUGUGUGUGUGUGUGUGUGUGUGCGUGUGAAGAGCGUGUAGAAGGAGACUCCUCCUACUAAGAUAAAGCUUGCGUGAGAAGUCGGCUCACGCACUCUCUCCCACGCACGCACUCUCACACAAGCCCGUGGUGCAGUCCUCCGGUAACUCGGCUGAAUAAAUAGGCUGGGUCAGCUUCUGAAUCGGGUGGAAAUUGAGGUUACCACGCAGAAGACAGAGGCAGCAGAAUUUCACCAUGAGCUCCGAAACUGUGCAGGCGAAAAUGCAGUCCAGGAUGGCAAGAGCUCAGGAGAUGAGGGAGGAGGAAAAGAUCUUCCGGUACAAGGGGGUGCUGUACCCCACUAUCAUGUCUCCCCUAGAGAACCUGAAGGCCAUGGAGGACCUGGAAGCAAGGGAAGAUGAUGUCAUACUAGCAGCCUAUCCCAAAUGCGGGUUUAACUGGAUGGUAGGGGUGCUGCGGAAAAUCAUAGAUGCUUCCACUGGAGAAAAACGUGACAGCAAGAUGCCACCGCUGAUAGAGUUCUUCGACCCUGGGAUGCAACAGCGUUUGAGUCAAGUGCCAUCUCCAAGAUUUCUGGGAACGCACAUGCACCCAGAUAACAUCCCUCCUUCCUUUAUCGCCAAAAAAACAAAGACGCUGGUCAUCUUCAGAAACCCUAAAGACACGGCCGUUUCCUUCUAUCACUUCUCCACCAAAAACCCGGUGCUGCCCACGCCCGAAUCCUGGGACAAGUUUUACGCCGAGUUCAUGAGCGGCGACGUGCCUUGGGGUUCCUACUUUGACCACGCUCUAGCCUGGGAGAAGCACAUGGACGACCCAAACGUGAUGAUCGUAACCUAUGAGGAACUGAAGGAGGACCUGUGUAAAGGGGUGCAACAAAUCUCCCAGUUCUUCAGUUUCGACCUGAGCGAGGAGCAGGUUCAGGCCAUCGCUCAGGAGAGCACGUUCGACGCCAUGAAGGAAACCUCGAAAGACUCGCACGGGCCAAUGUCUAACGUCUUCUUCAGGAAGGGUGUGGUGGGCGACUGGAAAAACCACUUCAGCGAGGCUCAGAGCGAGGCGAUGGACGCCGAGUUCGAGAAGCACCUGGCGGGAACGAAAAUUGGCGCCCAGAUGAAGUAUGAGCUGUACUGCAAGUAGGGCGCCGACCCAGCGAGAGUCGACCAGCGGCAGCCAAUCACACAGACCGGAUACGGGACCAGCUACGAGGGCAACAGUGUUUAAGGAAAAUGUGACCCCCCCCAAACACACACAAAAAAUGUAUGCUUCAACUGCCUAUGUGCACUGGCCAGUGGAGUAGAUCGGUGCUAUGUACUAUUCUAUGUUUAUUAGGAACUUGUGUGACAUAAGUAAAAUUGGCUUUGCUAGCCGUUUAGCUUUUCUUUUUUUUCUUUUUUUUUGUUGUCAUUUUUAGCGCAGAUGAUUUUAAACAUGCUGUGAUUAGCUUUUUUUUUUAAAUACUCAUUAUGCAAUAUCAAAUUUUAUACUACCAUUUUCAUGUAAAUGUAUAUUAAGAUUUUGUAUAAGUGUCCCUUCACAGUAUAAACUACAUGAAUUUAUGGAUUUUAUAAUUCACUGCAGAAGCUCUGUUCUCUCGCUGUGUUAAUGGGUUUUUUUUUUUUUUUUUUUUAAAUCUGCGAAUUGGAUACAUUAUAUUAUUUCUAGGAAUGCUGCCUGUUCUCAAUUCUGUUCAUGUAAUUAAAAGUCAUGUUGAUACACUCACCUAGGCAUAUGAUCGACGGGUCCCACUUCCUGCAGUCUGUGUCUGAAGAGGCUCCGGAACAUAAAGCUAUUUGUGGGGUGUCAGGGCCCAGUGUGGCUCACAGAUUCCCACUGGGGUCAGGAUUUCCUUUUUCCCAUUUUAAGUGUGAAUGUCAAUCCAUGACAUUCGAUUGAAAUCAUCAACUGAAAGUCCUAAUGUGUGAAUGGAACUGAGGCCUGGCGGUGGGAAUUUACAACCAUCACAUAACAUCUUGUUUAAUGUCUGUUUUGUAAAUCAGAAUAAUAAAUAAUGUAUGCUUUCAAUUCA